CAAAAAGCAUGUAUGUGCUCACUACCCUAAACAAUAUUGCAAAAUCAAAGUUUGAGUUUGUUUUCUAGAUUUUCUUUCUUUCUCUAAAACACAGUGCUAGUCUUUGUUUCUUUUUUCUCCUUUUUUAGUCCUUGUUUGGAUUUGAAUCAUACAUAAAAAUAUAAAUAUAAUCUCAGAGGCUAAAUUCUCAUGGAGUUUGAUGAAUUUGUAUAUGGUGAAAUUUUUGAAAAUAAUAUAGUCAACAGUUAUAGUGGAAGUGCUGUUCUUCUAUAUUGACCUACUUUGUGGCAGAAACUAUAGCUUUGUGCCAAGUUUGUGAAAUUACUUUCUUGAAUUUUGGCUGCAAGAAUGGGAAUUGUGAGCAUUUGUGGUGAUAAUUGAUUUUGACAGAACGGCUCUACAUAUUUACUUUGUCAUAGUUUUUUGUUGGAUGAACCAAGUUAUGGUAAUUUUGUUGCUGAUUAGUACAAUAGGGCCAAUGUUAAAAAAGAGAGUUGGUUUGAGAAUUAAACAAGCUGGUAGAGGCUCAUACCGAGGAAGCUAGGUUUGUUGUGGUUGUGUGCUUGAAAAUUGUUGUUGGUUGUUGUGUUUUGUGUUUGUUGUUUAUUUUACAAAAAAGUGAAGUUCUGCAAAAGUAGAAGAUGGAAGCUUCUUCAAUAACAGAACUGUUGAAGGACUUUUGUGAUACUAUGCCAUGGCAGUAUGCUGUCUUUUGGAAGCUUAACCACCUUUCUCCAAUGACAUUGAACUGGGAAAGUGGUUACCAGAAAAGUAAUGAGCCUUUGGGGAGUAUGUGGGGGGACAUCAAUUUCGAAUCCGUAGAAGAUGUAUAUUCUUCAAGGACUGAAGGAACUGAUGAUGUAGGUGAUUAUUCAGUUCGACUUCUCAUGAUCGAAAUGUCUCAUCGUAAAUACAGUUUGGGAGAAGGGGUUGUUGGUAAAUCAGCUCUUGCCAAGGAACAUUGUUGGGUUUCCAGCGAGGAUAUUUUCACCGGUAAAUUUGACACUAGUUUGCUUCCUGAGUGUCCCGACGAGUGGCUUCUUCAGUUUGCUUCUGGCAUCAAGACUAUUGUGCUGGUUCCAGUUCUUCCACAAGGGGUUUUGCAGUUCGGUUCAUUUAAAGGAGUUGCUGAAGACCGAGAAUUUGUUGCAAAUAUCAAAGAGAAAUUUCAUUUCAUUCAUUCUAUGGAAGCUAAUACCACAGCUUUGAACUAUGGAAUUGAUUCUCAAGAUUGGUCAUUCUCAGAUCUAUCAAAUUAUUUGAUGGAUAGCAUCGAUGAAUCUUCUGCAGCUAGUACUUCUCUCAAUAUGAACGAAUCGGCCAGAUUUUCUCAGGAUGAGUAUUUGUUCUCCAGAGAAACUCAGCUAAAAUCUCUCAAAAGAGCCAAUGAAAAUCAGAUGUUUUCCUCAUCAUUCGAGGCGUCAACUGAUCUAACACAUAUCAGUUAUGUGGAGACAAAGCCAAAUCAUCUGGUAGAAGAGAUAUGGCCCUGGUCUCAAUUUGUAGGCAAUGAAGAAAAGUUCGGAGAGACAUCUUAUGGAUUAAGUUCUUAUUCUGAUAAUAAUUUGACUGGUCAUGUUAACGUUAAGAAUUUCAAUGACUUCUCUUCUGUCCCCUCAGUGUCUGCAUUCCACAAAGCAGUUGGGUCUGUUGCGUAUCGAAAUAUCUUGGACGAGGAUACAUUCAGUAGCUCGACUUUAAUAUCCAAUAAAAAGGAGCAUGAUCAUAUCACGAGUUUUGAGCUUCAUGAAGGACUCGAACCAGAAUAUCUUUUGGAUGCUGUUGUUGGCGAUUUAUACAGUGCCUCCGAUGAUACCUCGUGUAGAUCCAACAGUUUUAGGUCUCAUAUAACAAUGCCGUCAGAGUUUACUGGCUCCAUUCAGCCGAAAAUCACAUCUGUAGAAAGAACUGCCUUUGUGAAAAACUCAGAUGUUGGAAGUGGUCUUAUGCCUGCGGUUACAACCAAUGCGAAAGACAUAUUUGCGUCAUCUUUCGAUGGAAAUUCAAGUUUAUUGGUUGAUGAGGCACCACGGGAACCGGUUAAUAAUCAUGUGGUUCCUAUUAGUCGACCAAAGCUCUCUAGUGUGAGCAAGAAAAGAGCAAAAGUAGGCAACAAGAAAAAUUCAAGGCCAAGAGAUAGACAAUUGAUCAUGGACAGGAUGAAGGAGUUGAGGGAACUCAUCCCGGAUGGUGGAAGGUGUAGCAUUGACAACCUUUUGGAACGAACCGUAAAGCACAUGAUGUACUUAAGAAUGGUAACUAGCCACGCCGAGAAACUGAAACGAUUUGUUGAUCGUGAGGAUUUACAGGUACCUGAAAGGAAAAGGAAGAAAACAAAUGGCAGCUAUCCAGGAAGAAGCUGUGCAUUUGACUUAGAAAGUGAACAGUCAUGGCCCAUAGUCAUAGAAGAUCUCGAAUCCUCAGGGCACAUGCUCAUAGAGAUGGCAUGCAAUGAUCACGGACUUUUCUUGGAGAUUGCUCAGGUGAUCCGAAGACUGGACAUUACCAUCUUGAGAGGGAUUUUAGAAAACCGUUCGAGCACAAGCUGGGCUUGUUUCAUCGUCGAGGUUCCAAGAGGUUUUCACAGGAUGGAUAUUUUAUGUCCUUUACUGCAUCUUUUGCAGCUUAGGAGAAACUGUGUCUCAUAAGAAAGCUGACCCUUCAUUCUUGUAUGAAGGAAAGUUAUCUCGUCUUCAGUUUUAAAUGACAAGUUCUGUUUUAUAUAGAAGUUAAAAUAGUUGGGUGACUAUAGUAGUGGAAAUAAUUGCUCUCAUCAGUGUUAUUGUGGAAGUUGUUAUUGAUGACUGCAUGAAUAUGUAAACAAGAAUGAUGCAGAGGUGUUAUGUAGAAACAAGACUGACUUGCUUUGUAGACAUUUCUAGCAUGUGAUAUAUGAAUUGCUUUAUAAAAGAAAAUUUGGUGAAUGUAA